CACCACCGCAUCUACUUCCAGCGCCUGACGUUCAAUCUUAUCCUGAAUUAAGGAUGAGAGGGGUCAUUACGACGCUGCUGACGUGCCAGGCACAUGUUCUUUUAUCAGGGGUACUUUGCCCGGGCGUUACGCCACUUCGCAGACGAGCCGAUGGCCUCGACUUAUCGUUCAAAGCUCUACUCGCUAGCGCUCACCCGCUGCGCCGUCAACUCACUGCUCGCCUACCGAUUCUGGAUCUUCUUCUUCCGCGCCUUUACAACCGUGAUCAACUUCGCCGCGGCGGUGGUACGGUCGACAGGCUCGUCACUGGCUGCCGCAGCCCUGGUGCACAUGGCGCAAGGGCUGGCCUUGUCUGAGUUCAUCUCCGACGGGUUUCGAUCGCGGGACGACCUGCCGGUUUUGCUGCGCCUAACAGAACAUACGCGGCACUCUCUCCAUUCUGUUGGCGUACGACCGCCGCGGAACGGCCCGGACAGCGACAUCCUGAGCUUCGGGACCAAGAUCGUCCGUAUGCGUGGUGUUCUCGAUGCCGAUGUCGCCGAAUGGGCGUCGCCGUUCCCCGACAUGGCACUGUUCGACGUCAACUCGACCAUUGGAGCCUUGAAGUGA